UUAUUUGGACAAGUAGUAAAGUAACUUCAACGUGGUGAGCGCAGUGUGAGGAUCGCGGCGUCAUGGUUAGCUCGGCCCCGCUCCUCCUCCUCCUUGUACUUGCGAGACGCCACCACCAUCCCAUUUAAACUAUUGACUUCAAAGGUCCUCUUGGAUGCAUCGAUCUUUUAUCAGAUAACAGUUGAAUUAUAGAAUUGUUAUAACGUUUAAAAAUGUUCGAAAUGAUUAUAGAAAGAGUGCAAUAAGGUGAUUUUUAAGUGUUACCAGAGUGAGCAGUAGGCGACCCGCGUGAGACCUGCACGGCAGGCCCUCCGAGCCGACAGAGCGUCAAAGUACAGAGUGAGGGUUGUGCUGUGUUUGCUGUGACGGAUUAUUCCUCCCAAUACCGCCACCAUGAGAGCGUGGAGGAAGGACCCGCUGGAGGUGUGUGGGUCAAAGCACACCAAUGCCACUCUUGAGUUCCAUGAGUGUGUGUGCAAGUUUGACUAUCGGCGCCACAAGAAUUACCAACAAACCCUGAAAUACAAACACUGUCUCUUGGCUGAUGAAAUGCGAAGGAUUGACAAUUUUGAAUUGUAUGUGAUCAUUGCUGUGGUCGUGGGAGUGGUGCUGAUAUUUAGUGUGGCAGCUUUUUGUUCCUGCAAGUGGUACCUUCAUACUAAUAGCAACCCAUGUGGAUGCUGCCCAUGUCACUCCUGCAAGAAGAAGAAAAGGAAAAAGAAAGAGGAGACAACAGGAGUAGAGGCAGAUGGCACAAGCAGCCAUGGCUUUGAGAAUGGGAACCAGGCAUGGACUCCAAUACGCCUUGUUCCCUCAAAGGAAGGAGCCACCUAUUCCCAGGAGCCUCAGCCAGAUACUGAGAGUUUGGACCGCAAAAAGAAGGGACUUUGCAUGAAGUUUUGUUUAAGUGAUCCAGUUCAAGACUGUUGUGAGUUCUUUGACUGUGAUCUCAUGUGGCGCAAGAAAAGCAUUUACACCAUACCUGUGUUUGGCCGCCGCAAGCCACCCCCAAUGCAGAGGAGACCCACCCGUCCUGCACCCCCGCCCCCCAAGCCUCCUGUUCCUCCCAUUGUAAAGCAUCCUGAGCCUUUGCAUAUUGGCUUUGAAGAAUUACAGUGUGAACCCAUUCCUGAGGCUCCCCCAUCCCCAGAGCCUGUAAGGGUUGAUCAGCCCAGGGCCAUGUAUGUUGAUCCAUUUGCCUUCCUACAGAAACCCUUCCUGAGAAGCAAGGAAAAGAUACCUGAGGAGGAACCAGAAGCCCUGUACAAUAAAAUGAAAGGUUUGGUAUUUGGUAAGAAGAAGAGCGGCAGUGUGGCAUCCCUUAAUCAUGUAGGAGUGUCAAAGAACCCAGACACAGUUAGUAAUACUUCAAGUAAAAAGAGCAAAUACAGCAGGACUGGGAGUUUGGCCUCCCUUCAUAACUUCAGUGAUGAACAACUGGACAGCAGCUACCAGGCCAAGAGGUCCAUGAGUCUUGCAUCCCUGCACAUGGUGGAGGAGGAGAACACCCAGCAGCUGAUGCCAAAGGGACCAGGGAGCAGGCUGAAUGUAGCAAGAAGCAGAGGCUCACUUCAUAACAUUUCUGAAGAUGAUAUUCCUCCUUCAAUGAGAACAGAUGAAUACAUAGACCUUGAGGAGAUGAACAAGCGGAUAGAGGCAAAGAUGUUGGCUGCACAGGGUAACACUGCUCAGUAUGCACCCACCCCACCACAGAAACCUACAGUAAACAUUGAGAGUAAGCCUGCCCCACCCCUGGCCACCUCAGGGCUCAGCAUGGGGACACCAGACUUCAUUCCAGCCUCUGCCUUCACAAAGCCCACAGGACCACAGCAUUACCCUCAGUACAGCCCAACCUCAUCACAAGGGGAGGGAAUGAUGUCAAAGUAUUACCCACCAGUGCCUGCAACUCCUGAGAAGCCUGCAGUGCCAGCAAGGCUAGCUGUUGGAACCCCUGUUAGUGGCACUGGCACCCUAGGAAGGACCAAGCCCACAGUGCCACCCAGGCCUGGAAGUGGCAGCAGCUCCCCUAAACCACGAGCACCACAGCCGCCCUCCACCCUGAGCAGGUCAGGACAUGUGGUGAAGCCCACAGCCCCCCCACCUCCCCCGCCUGUCACUGCUCCCAUUGAAUCUUCCCUCUGAGGAUGGUCAUCAUAGGUGCUUGGAUGGGGUCACUUACACCACUUGGGAUUCAUCAUUCAACUUCAUUUUGAUGCUCAACGAACACUUAUGUUGUUUCUUUUUUAUUAAGUUUUGUGUCACAUACUGAGUGGUUCAUUCUUAUGACUCAUUGUAAGCCUCACAAGUCACUUAAAUAAGGAUUCUUUGCUUCUUUGUGCAAAGUACAACGAUGGUAUUGGUAAAAUUUAGUCUUCCUCUCCAUAAUGUCGAUUCAUACCAAAGUUUAGUGUAGUGGUUCAGCUGUGUCCUGUUGUACAUAAUGUUCUUUAUGCAUUUAGGCUUCAAAGAAUACUGAAUUGUUCAGUAUUUGAAUAUUAAACAAUUCAAGAUCAUUGAAAGGAAGUAGUAGAAAUUUUUUUGAUCAUAGUUAACAUGACACAUUUCCACUUAUAUGCAUAUUUCCUAUUAAGAUGUUUGUUCAUGUUCGUUUCAUUAUGGUAAUGUUCAUAGGUGGGGAUUAUCGUGAUAAUUUAUUACAAUAACAAUAUCGGGUUAUCAGUUAUCUGAUAAUUAUUUUUCCCGUUUAUCUAUUCAUCAAUAUUUCUGAUACUUUUCGUUCCAAAUCACUGAUAAUCAAUCAUUUUAGCUUUUGGAACAUAAGUAUGUUGAAGUUUUAAACUUUCAAAAUCAAAUGUAGUUAUUUUACUUAAAACAGUGCUUUUCAUUAGUGAAGAGACAGGAUAAACAUUGAAUUUGAAUUUUUCGAAGAUUUUUCUAAGUUUUCUAAGAUAAAUAUAAAAAUAAAGAUUUGGAUUUAUCGACUUUUUAUUUAAAAUAUCAAUAUUGUUAUCUCUAGUAUCGGAAACUUGGAUUUAUCGAUUUGUUGGUUAUUGGUUAUCGGACGAUAAAUUUACCGCCAGUUAUCAAUUAUCGGUCAUCACCGAUAAGGUUAUCAUUAUUUAUUUAUUGGUUAUUGUGAUAAAUUUUUGUUAUUGCACUCAGCUAUGGUAAUGUUACCUACAUAUAUAUAUUCAUUCAUUCACCAUUCAUGUUAUGCAUACAGUUUUUGUAGUCAUUUUUUAGGAAUUAUAAUAAGAGAAUACCCAACCUCCAUAGAUAGGCAAUUGUGAUUUUGAUUUUGUAUUAUUUUACAAUACAUUAAGCCUUCUCCCAAAGAAAUGGGUGGCACACGAGGAAUACAGAAUGCAUGAACACGCUCAAACUCGUAUCAGUCUCACAAAAUGUUUACACAACUUGAUAUUUUGAUAAGCUUGUGAUUUUACACAAUUCAAAUUCUAUCCAGAUCUUUAAAAAAUACUAGCACAUAUGUACACUCAUUUUGCACACAUUAUUUUGACAAAUUUUGGUACACAAGCAGGACCACCAUGUAAAGUGUUCAGGGGGAGAGGAAGCAGUGAGGCACCACAGAGCCUGCUGGACAGACACUGGCUGCUGCUUCUCUGUUGCUGCCACACCACCUCCACUGCUCCCUUGUCUGAUGUAAGCCAACCUUAAGUUCACAGUUUUUAAGUUCCCUAGUCUUCAUUAUCUGCUCAGCUCAUGAAGUCUUUCCAUAUUGAAUAGCAGUAUGUGUUUCAAUUUGUUUCCUGUAAGUGGACAGUAUUCAGUAGUGUUUGUUAACAGAGAUGAUCAUUAUCAUUUAAUUUUGGAAGUGAUACAUAUGUACAGUAGUAUUAUAGUUUUUUUUUUUCUCUUUUUAUAUUUUGUGUACAAAUAUGUUGACUAGGUUUAAGAUGUCUUAGUUAUGUUAUGAUGUCUAGUACUUUAGGAAUUACAUGUUUUAUACAGGGUGUCCCGAAUGUUAAGGUACAUACUUCAGGAUUUGAUAGUUCAGAUAAUUCUAAGUUGAAAAUACUUUAUACAUAUAUGCUGUGUUUUGCUUUAUUAUGUGAGAAAUUAGUGUGUAAGUUGUGUUGUGGGAACCGCUUGCCUGGGUGGGCCUCCACCUUCCUCCCCUCCCCACCUUGCUCUGUACCUGAGUUGCGCUGUGCAGCUUUAAGUGAUAAUUUUUUGUGUACAAUCUACGCUGUGAAAGCCUCACAGGAAACAGCAAAUGACAGAUUACAUUUUUUGCAUGUGUCAUUGAAGAAAAUGUACAUGUAACACGGUGAAUGUUAAGUGUUACUUUUUAAACAUACAUGGCAACUCACUGCACCUGUCACCUUCCCCUUCCCCCCCCUCAACACCCAACAUUUGAUAUCUUGAUCCUAAGUGAUAGGCUUCCCCAAUCGGCUGACUGCCAAAGUGCAUCUUUUUGCUAUGGUGAAGAUGCCUUUCAUAUUCAGUAACAUUGAGUAUUUGGACAUGAUAUUCAUGUGAUGAUAUUUGUUACAUGAUAUUCAUUCUGUGAUGAGAAUGCCUGGGCUACAGCAGCAGAAUACAGACAUAGGUACCCAGACAGAAGACACCCAAAUAGCAAGAAUGUUCUACAGUAUGUCAGCAUCUCCAUGAGAGAAGAUGUUUCUCCAGUACUUCUGCAGCAGCUGAAUGUAUUGGAGCAGCUGAAGACUAUCAUAUGGAUGACAAUACAAAACCCCACCAUCAGUACAAGAAUACAAACACAAAUACACAAAUACAUAAAGGGGGAAAAUUCACAGACAGUAGCACAAUUUGAUGUCACUUAGAAUAUCAAAUAAUCUAAAGGGACAUUUUCUGGAUUGGCGGGAACACUGGGCAGUCAUUGUGAAGCUGAUGAGUUGCCAUGUAUGUUAAAAAGUAGCACUAAACAACCAUUGUAUUGCUGUGUUACCUGUACAUUUUCUUCACUGAUACAUACAAAAGAUUUUAUCUGUCAUUUACUAGUUGUUUUCUGUAAGGCUCUGAUGGCAUAGAUUGUACACAAAAAAUGAUCACUAAAUGCAGUGUGGCACCACUCGAGUAUGUAGCAAGCCGAGAAGGGAGGGAAGAAGGUGAAGGCCCACUCAGGCGAGUGGUUCGCACAACACACAUCUUACAUGUUAAUUUCUUGCAAAAUAAAGCAUAACACAGCAUAUGUGUAUUAAGUUUUUCAACUUAGAUUUUUAGAAUUACUAGAACUAUCAUAUCACGAAGUAUGUACCUUAAUUCAUCGGAUACCCUGUAUUUGGCAAUACUUAUGACCUGCCUAAAAUUAUAGAUUGUGGCAAUAUCUGCAUAAGAAAAUCAGGAAGUAAACUCCAGUGGAAAAACAUAAUGGACAUGGGUAUUAUUGCAGUGAAUUAUACAUUGUUCAGUAUAAACCAGUAUGUACAAUCAGUCUUUUUAAACAGGCAUGGUUGUCACUACCAUGCAGUAUAUCAAGGGUGAAAGUGCUAAAUCAAACUCAUUAUUAUAUUAAAUGGUCCUAACUGCCUAAGUUUAUUAAGUAUCCAAAGAAAGACAUCUGGUGGGUACAGUGGCAUGAGUAUGCUUGUUUUAGAGCAAAUUUUUCAUGCUUGUUAUCUUUAGUGUUGUUUCUCGUGGGAUCUCUGUUUUUUUUUUUUUUUUUUUUUUUUGUGGCCUUGAUAAUUAGAUUCUUACUCAUAUACUUCCAGGCAUACAUGCUUUGCAAUCCCACAGAACUGUCCUGCUUUUCUGAUCUCUUUCCUUCCAGUCAGUGAAGGGGUCCACUUAAUUAUUUGGAAAGUAAACAGUUGAUUAAUAUUACUAAGAUUUGUGGUAAUAGAAAAUCAAGUCUUUCAAAGUGACAAGAUUCACUGUGGGCUGAAGAACAGCAAGGUGCUAUGAUAGUGUUCAUCUUCAUGAAGGCUGCAUGAUUGGGAAUUGUGGAGUGAAGCAAGAAGCUCAUUACAGCAGGUCAGGGUGUAUCAGAGGGGGUUCAAGAAUAUUCACUUCAUUUGUGGAAAAUCAUGAUGGUCAUAAAUGGUAAAUUUAGAGUGCAUGACAUCUUUCAUGAACAGCAGCUAUAUUUGUUAUGAGGGUUAAUUUGAAUGAAAUGUAUAUUGAUGCUUGAAAAUAGUUACUCUUUAGUAGCUUGAUUGUGAACAUUUAUGCAAAAGGCAGCUGAAUAUAUAUAUAUAUAUAUAUAUAUAUAUAUAUAUAUAUAUAUAUAUAUAUAUAUAUAUAUAUAUAUAUAUAUAUAUAUAUAUAUAUAUAUAUAUAUAUAUAUAUUGAUGCAAUGGAAAAGCUUGUACAUCAUUAUAUCUAUGUUGGCAUUUUCUUGCUUAACAGGAGACGUGUUGAUUGAUGUAUGACUUGUGUGAAGUAGCAGUGUCUUGAGGUGUUUUCUGCAUCUGUUGAGUGAUUUCUGAUACAUCAUCUUUGUAUUGUAUUGGCUGUAAUUUUGUACAUUAUGUAAGUAGUUAAUGGAGGCCAGUUGUAGACAUUACUUUGCCAAUCUGCCUCAGAUUGACUUGUGUUGAGGCAGGGGUGUCUCACCUUGGCCAGGUGUGAGAUGUGCCAUCUCAGCACUCACACAGGUAAUCUGAGUUAGAAUUAUAUUCAGUUGCUGUAUUGCUGUAUUUUUAUAUAAAUUUUCAUAUGCUGUCAUAAGUAUGUCAUGUAUUUUAUUAGGGAAGUUUCAUGUACUUAUAUUUUACUUUAAUUACAAGGAACUUUGCAUGUCAUUAGGCUCCCUUCUUGUCACCAUCCUUGUUGACUUGAAUGAUGGCCUCGCUUACAUGCAGGAGCAUUAGUGGUACGUGAGGGACACACUCAGUAAUUACAGAGGUGGAGUGUCAUGAUUGAGUCUGCCUCGUAAUUAUGUAUUGAACUUCCGGAAAGUUCUCAAAAUAUAGUGACAGUUUUCUUGCUGUGGGUGCAAGAUGAUGACUUACAGUGAAAUAUGAGGACAGAGUCCUGUCAUGUUAGAGAACAGGGUGUAGGGGAAAGUGAGAGGAUUUCACAGCAUUCAAGGCCAGAAGUAAAAUGGAGACUUGUUGCUGAUAAUCUCACAGGGUUCUUAUGAACAGGCAUUUGAUAACCUUCCAUUCCUGGGUUGCAAGGUCACAACUUGGCAAAACAUUCCAUAACUGUUGUCUGCCAGGUGAACAGGGGGUACAGUGUGAGAGGAGGCAAAUACAAAUUAUGCCAUCCAUCCUGGAAUUUCAACCUAGAGCUUUCUGCUGUAUGCUGAGUAUGCAGACUUAUUCAGCUUGCUAAGAAAUUACUACUCUGGUUGUGCUUCAGCUUCUUUAUAUUAUUGUGAGGAGAUGUCCAGAAUUCUUUGGCAACUGGAGUGCCAUGUUAUAGUUUUUUUGGACCAUUGUAGGAAAUUUACCUCAAAAAUGCUUUUUGCUCCUGCCUUGGACAUAUUGUGCUAAAUGUGCUAGAAUUUUCAGUAAUGUGGGAAGCUUUUGAAUUUUUAUGAUACCAUGCUGUGCUGCUAUUGUUUGUAGGAUGUGCAUAGGAAGGAUUUUUAUAGAGGUGAUGCCUGUGUGCUAAACAUUCUGAUGAAGUUCUGAGAUGCUGUGCUGUUACUAUUUGUGGGAUCAGUUCUGGGAGUGCAUCACAGUGACACAGUGCCUUCAUUGCUGAGCGGUGAGUGGCGUGCUGUCAUCAUUGUCUGUUAGACAACACGGUCAGCAGGUGAAUGAUCACUGACUGGUUGCUAUUAUAACUAAGGAUCUCAUUGAAAGGCCUCAUUCAGUAUUGACAAACUGUCAGAUCCCACUAUGGUAAGUGUGUAUGUACUUUUAUGAGUUUAUAGCAUUUUUAUUAGUUAUAAAAACAAUUGUCAUUUUGUGUGUAUGUACUACAGAAUCCAGUGUUGGUAUGAAUGCAGGCACCACUCUACUGGCACUUUAUUUUCUCAUUGGAGAACAUUGAAUUCCUAUAAAGUUAGAGCUUGUCAUAACGAGUCAUGUUUUGUCUUUUUAUUGUGACAUUAUUUUUGACCAUACAAUAUAUUGACAAUACUUUGUAUGUAUUGAAAUGUAUGUACUUACUUUUCCAGUAAAUCUUUACUCCUGGGCCUGGCAUGUGUAAGCUCCAUUCCAAGUUUAUUCCAAUCAGAAGUGGGGUUCAGUCAUUAAAGCAGUUACUCAUGUGGCUUCUUUCCCUUUAGCUCUUCAUUUUCUUUCCUCUCUUAAUUGCUUCUAUCUUUCCAUCUUACUUUUCUUCCAGCCUUUCUUCCUUAGUUUUUGUUGGUUUUCAUUCUUUUCUUCUUGCAUUCAUGCUUGCUUGCAUGUUUUAUAUUUUCAUUUUCAGAAUGAAUCAAUUGCACAUGCAAAAAAUUAUUUUGUGGUAAAACUUGAAGAUCAUACAGGUGAAUCUUUAGGUGUUCAUGUUUUAGUGAUGAUGAGUUUGAAUGAAAUUUGUGGUGGUAAGACAGGUCUGGCCAAGGGUUACUCAUAUGUUCUCUAAUUUUAGAUAGAAAUGUUGGUGCAUUUUAAGAGCAUAACGAUAUUUUGUCCUGAACAAAUGUUUAUUUCGGACUGGGAAGAUUCCUGGUGGUGUGUGUAUGUCACUAUUGUUGCAGUAUGGUUAGUGAAAGCAAAUGCUUCCUUAAUAUAUGAAAGUAAAGAAAAGGAAAAUUCACAGCAGAAUGCUACCAUAUCACUGGAAAAAAAAUAAAAUAAAAAAAUAAAAUAAAAUAAAUAAAUAAAUAAAAUGAAAACAAGGAAAAGAUACAAAAGACUAUAGUGUAACCGGAACUUUAAGCAGGAAGAAGGGAAAUUAUGUGUAGAACCUGAAUUUAUAGCAAAAAAAAAGGAAAAAAAAACAAGAAAUGGAGAAAUAGGACCCUUAAUUUCUACCAGGAACAAGGAAAAGAAUGUAAGGAAAUUAUUUAGGAAACCUUUUAAAGAAGGAAUGAGAUCAGAAAGCAGUUGAAGCAGCCACACUGUGCUGUUUGUGGGAUUUGUGGGGAUGUGCAGCUUGCCAGAAGUGCAAAAGUGAAAGAGUGAAUGAGAAGAUUGGCUUAGCACAUUACGUACUUUUGCUGACCUUUGAAUGCAUAGUUGUGUUGCUGAGCUGUUCCUGCUGUGAGGGUGAAGGGCUGAGGAUGUGCUUGUGUGUGCAUGCAUGGGAAAUGCAUUCAGACUUAUUUUAUAUUGUAAUUGUGUUUUGUGCUAUAGGCUUUGCUGUACUUUAGUAAAUUAAGGGAUGGAAAAGAAUACUUAAAUCAAAAUGUGCUUGGUAUGUAUGUAUAUGAGUAAGCAAUUAUGUAUUGUGAGCACAGUGGGUUAAGUUCUUGGCUAUGUAUAUGUAUGGAGGAAUUCUUUGUUAGAUAAUGCCAGUAUGAAAUAGUUCCAUUAUUUUAAAUCCAUGUUCAGUUGAUUGUGAUAAUGUAUGCCAUACUUUGUAUGUACAGUGUAAAUAAUAAUGGAGGUAAUUGGA